AUGCCCAUGUGGUGCCAUCUGUUUAUCCAAACUUUCACGGGAGCUGCUCGCGCCUGGUUCGACAGCCUCCCACCAGGAAAGAUCAAGUCAUGGGUUGAUUUCAGAACACAGUUUGUGAACCACUUCAGUCAGCAGAGACGUUACCGGCGUGACACAGCUGAGGUAACGGACAUUUGGCGCAGAGAGAACGAAGGUUUAGAAGAUUUCAUCACUCGCUUUAACAAAGAGUGUUUGGAAAUUGGUGGUGUAAGUGAACAACUCAUGCGCGCUCACUUCAAGAAAGCCAUUCGUUGCGAUAGUCUUAUCAGGACUAUCACAGGAAAAGAUGGAAUGCCCAAGGAGUGGGAUAAACUCAUGGAAGCUGUGAAAAUCGUUGCGCAAACUGAAGAAUCACUGGCCGGUAGUAAGAACGCUUAUACUGAAGAUCGAUUUUCCAAGGGAAGCUCGUGCGACAACAAUAGACGGAACAAAGGAAAAAACCCUGGAUGGAAAGCCAACCACUCCAGCGGUUAUGAUGAACGACCUCGUUACAGGGAAGACGCGCGAGACACUAUCGAUCGCAUUGGGACAGGAAGGUAG